GCUCCCGUGAAGUGGACCAAUCAGCGAGCGACAUCACACUGGGCUUCUGGGACUGUGAUUGGUCGGUUUGCGUUUUAGCACAGGAAGUGCAUGGGUGUGUUUCCGAAGGGAGGACCGAAGGCAGCAGCGACGAACUUCCCUGAAGACGCCGACGGUGUUUGUACAAACGCAGGAUGGAACUGCGUCCACUUGUCAUGUGCUUUGCUCUCUGUGUGGUUUACGCCACCAGCAAACCCACAGAAAAGAAGGACCGUGUUCACCACGAUGAACCUCUCAGCAACCGAGAGCACGAUGACACAGAGAACUUUGACUAUGACCAUGAAGCCUUUCUCGGGCAAGAAGAGGCCAAGACCUUCGAUCAGCUCACACCAGAGGAAAGCAAAGAGAGGCUCGGCAUGUUGGUUGAACGCAUAGAUGAGGAUAAAGAUGGCUUUGUGACUGUUGAGGAAAUGAAGAACUGGAUCAAGCACGCACAAAAGAGGUGGAUCUAUGACGAUGUGGAUCGACAGUGGAAGAGUCAUGAUCUUAAUGGGGAUGAAGUGGUGUCCUGGGAGGAGUACAAGAACGCCACAUAUGGAUACAUUCUCGAUGACCCUGACCCUGAUGAUGGCUUCAGCUACAGGCAGAUGAUGGCUCGUGAUGAGAGGAGAUUCAAAAUGGCGGACCACAACAACGACAUGAAGGCCAACAAGGAAGAGUUCACAGCCUUCCUGCACCCUGAGGAGUAUGACCACAUGAAAGACAUUGUAGUGCUGGAAACUAUGGAAGACAUUGACAAGAAUGGAGAUGGUUUAAUCGACCUGGAUGAGUACAUUGGUGACAUGUACAACCAGGAGGGAGACAACACAGAACCUGAGUGGGUGAAGACCGAGAGAGAGCAGUUCACUGAAUUCAGAGACAAAAACAAAGACGGGAAGAUGGACAAGGAGGAGACCAGAGACUGGAUCCUGCCCAGUGACUACGACCAUGCUGAGGCCGAGGCCAAGCAUCUGGUUUAUGAGUCAGAUACAGACAAAGACGGCCGUCUAACCAAGUCAGAAAUUGUGGACAAGUACGAUCUGUUUGUGGGCAGCCAGGCGACUGACUUUGGAGAGGCUCUGACUCGACACGACGAGUUCUAACAUCCACCUGCCUCCGGUGACUCUGUGCUCAUCUUGUGUACAACAUGACUGCGUCGACAGGAUAUGGAGUAUUUUAAACAAGAUGAGCUCGCUCGACCCAGCGCCACGGACAAUAAUUUAUUUGAUUUCUUGAAUGUGCCCCGUUGUACACACACUAACACUAAGUCAUGUGUACAUGCUUGACCAGAGUGUCCUCACGUUCUGUUGCACCUCUCAUUGGAGUAUAUCGCCAGCCUUUGCUCUGCUUCCACACCUUACCCUGUCCGGGCCCAGAUCAGGGAUAAGAAGUGGUCAUCAACACGGUUUUAGAUUUUUUUUUCUUUGAAAGGAUGAUUUUGUGAAAUAGCCAUGUUUUGUUACAAAGCCUUUUAUAGAAUAAUUAAGUUGAGGCUUGCAGUCUACAUAAGAGUUUGUCUCACCGUUUCAUUUUGCGAUGCACUGGACUGACUUUCUAGUCACCAGAAUUUGUACUAUUCCUCUGUGUACUCGGGCCCAAAUUGAAAAUGUUAGUUGCUGAUUCGCUUGUUAGACAUUUUUCAUUCGUUGAACAUGAUGCGGUAAUGCUGGAUUAUAGGAUGUUUGGAACAAGGAGUAAAUAUUAAAUCCAAUGACAAUGAAGACCGUUUGGCCUAGUGCAAUACAGUAUCAUUAGUGGGACAUUGCUGUGUUUGCUAUACUGGUCCCCAAAGCAUCCAUGGUACCACAAACUGUCCUGCUGUCUAUUUUUGACAAGAGCAGUUUGUGUUGUGUCUUAGUUGAAGGAAUCAAGAUGAUGUUUUGUCUGAUGGAUGCUUUGUACUGAAAGCUGCCUCUUUUUGUUUUUGUUCCUUAUCACCUCAAUAGUGUGUGUGUGUGUGUGUGUGCGCGUAUGUGUGUGUGCAUGAGAACCUGUGUGUACAUAUAUUCUUGACGACUUCCUAUUUUUUUGUUUUGUUGGGUUUUUUUAUGUUAUGUUUUGAGUUUUGUUUAAUUCAGCUGCAACUACUAACUCAUCUGUGUGCCAAGUAAAAAAAUCUUUGUCCUAUUUUGUAAGCAGUUUGGGGGAAAAACAUUCUCCUCCCUUUGAAUAUUAUCCUUCCCAAAUAUAUUUGUUAUGCUUGUAUUAUCUCUACCACCAUUUAUAACCACUGUUAAUAAUUUUUAUUGGCAUAGUAUAAUGUGUAUGAUAAUGUUUUUUACAGGCUCACUGCAGCAACAAGCCUUUCACUAGUGACUUUACUGUAAAUAAGUUGUUGUUCUGCAAAUUGAGCACUCUAACAAUCAGGUCCAGUUUUUGCGAUUGAGAACAAUGUCUCAAUAAAAACAAAUACAAAUGGUA